AAAAAGGCAAGCAGUCAGAGAAAAAAAACCCACCUCAAACCUAGCCCAGUACAGGCAGCAGCACUGGCAACCGCCGUCUCUUUGUUCUAUACUGGCCCUGACAACAAAAAAAAGUGAUAUUUAAAUAUUUUAUUCCUCAAUGCCAUCGCGAAAAUUCACGGAGAUGGACUCGUACGGGACUGAGUACAUGGAUCAUUGUGGGUCCCACGCAAAGAGAAGGAGGCAUGACAGCGAACAGUCUGUCUCCAGUGGAACCUCUGGCCUGGAGUACACGGACCUGGAGGCGGCUGAGGCACUGGUGUGUAUGAGCUCUUGGGGCCAGGGCCUCUUCCUCGGCAGCAACAGGCCAAACCCCUGCAAGCCCAGACCCCUCACCCCGGCUUCGGACUCCUGUGACUCCCUCCUGCUGUCAGAAAUUCCAGAGCCCCCGAAGGACUUUGUGUCCCUCUCCUCCCUAUGUAUGACUCCCCCUCACAGCCCCAGCUUUGUUGAAACGUCAACAUCCAGCACUGGCCUCCAGUCAAACUCUGGCCUGGCUGUGUCGUCCCAGCGCUGUGGAUCCGGACUCCAUCAACCUGUCCUGGCACCCAUUGCUGAAAAGACCCCCUCCCUCCCCCUUCCGCCACAGUCCUGCAGAGCCAUGGCAACUAGUGUCAUCCGCCACACCGCAGACAGCACUCCCUGCCAACACCACAUUCCAGUGGCCCCCAAUCUAGAGAGAACUAGAGACACGGUACAGGCUACAAUGGUCUGUCAGCAGCAGCAGCAGCAACACAUUACAAAAACUGAGCAGAUAACCACGCCUCCAUCUCCUCCUGCUCCUCUCAUACCCUUAAAGACAGAACAGAAGCCAAGUCCCUCAAAACCCUGUUUGGACAGUGUUCUAGCCCCCACUCCUCUCAAUACCCAACCGCAAAACAGCCCACCCCCUUCCUCUGUUCCCGCAACUUUGUCCCCACCUCCAGUCACAAGCCCUCAAAUCAUCUGCCAGAUGUUCCCUGUAGGCAGCCAAUCAGGGAUAAUCUCAGCCUUCAUCCCCAGCACAGUUCAGACAUCCAGUACUGGAAUUCGGACCGCCACCACACCCAUCCUUCCCCAGCCCACCUCAGCUAACGCCAGCCCUGUCCAGCAGUCCCUCAUUGUGGGCUCAGCGGUGCCUCAGGGCACGGUGAUGCUGGUCCUCCCUCAGUCCUCAGUCUCUCAGGCCCCGCACUGUACUCAGACUGUCAUGACCCUGGGCAACACCAAGCUGCUACCUCUGGCCCCGGCCCCUGUGUACGUGCCAGCGGGGCCCAGCGGCAGCACCACAGCCACAAAGAUGGACUUUUCCCGCAGGAGAAACUAUGUCUGCAACUUCCCAGGCUGCAGGAAGACGUACUUCAAAAGCUCACACCUCAAGGCUCACCUUCGAACACACACAGGUGAGAAGCCUUUCAGCUGCAGCUGGGACGGAUGUGAUAAGAGGUUUGCCCGCUCUGAUGAGCUCUCCCGUCACCGGCGAACACACACUGGUGAAAAAAAGUUUGUGUGUCCCGUGUGUGACCGGCGAUUCAUGCGCAGUGAUCACCUCACCAAACACGCACGCCGCCAUAUGACCACAAAGAAAAUUCCCUCCUGGCAGGCUGAUGUGAGGAGCUUGAACAAAAUGGCGUCUGGCAAAACUUCUCCCUCAAAACCUGGCCUUGCCACACUAAGCAUGCUGGUACCUGCUAGCUCAAAGUAGACAAUGUUCACUGCCAUCCUACCCACUCCCAAGAUACCACAGGGAUACAAGGAGCAGCCAAGUACACAAGGCUACUGCUCAUGGGAAUGAGAAAAAAACGUGCACUGGACUCUUUUUCCUCUCUACUGCUCAUUUGUACAUGUAUUUUAUUCUACAGGAUCAUUUUGUUUACUUUGAUAUAAGUGAUACUAUGUAUGCACCCUUGCCAAAGCCUUUGUACGAAGUUUGUCUUAGACAUUUCACCUUCUCCACCCCUCCUACAACACUUUUUCUUUGUUUGUGUUAAUACUGAUAUAUAUGUCUGUGUGAAUGUAUUGUUUGUUGUACUAUGAAAUGCAUUUAUUUGUCAUAUUUGGGAAAAUACUGACAUGAAAAACAAUGUAAAUAUGAAUAUUAAUCAACGAUACUAUGAUUAUACCUUGAUUAUAUCUCCCUGUCAAACUUUUCAUAUUAUUUAAUACAUAUUUGUAAUAAAAAUAACGAUUAAAUGAGUCAUGUUUGUUCAUUUUGUUACUUUCCAGUAACUAAUCUUGGAAAAACAAGGUGUUCAAAGUAUAAUUGGCAAUCUUUCCUGGUGGUCACUGCCCACAUCCUGUGUGCUUCACACUGUGACUAGCCCCAACCACAGCCCUCUUUUUUUGUCAGCUGAAACGCACUGCUGUCCUUCGAAAUGUGCUGACUAGCCUGUGGGUAGCUUCCUGCUGGCUGAAUGAUUUUUGUGU